CGCACUCAAUGCCCGAAGCCUGCGCACGCGAAGCCUCCGUGGACCGAUUAUCGCGACGAGCUGCGCGGAACCCGUGCCGUGCGAGUAGCUGCAGCACCUCGCCUUCGUCACCUGUCGCACGUUGCCCACGCCGAGCGAACCAGGCCACGGAUCUGUUCUCGGUUCAGUGCGUGUGAUCCUGUCCGUCGGAUUAUCCAAACUCGCUGCCCGGCCUUUGGCGAACGCUCCGGCGUCCACGAACUCCCAGGACCCCAUCCGGAGAGGCAGCGGCGAUGCUUUCGAACGAGGACAACAAACAAGAGAUCCGGUCGCCCGUGAGCUCCGGAGGUGGCGCCGGGGUGUUGAGCCCGCCGGGGAGGACUUCGGCCAAGCAAGCUGCCGUGGAGAAAAAAAAGCAAUCUGCAAGGAUGUUGGUGACACUUUUCCCGAGGGUUCCGAAGACUGCCACGGUUCUGCUGGAGUUCUUCAUCAAGCGCGAGAGCAAGGUGUCGCUGAUGCGCGACCCGCUGUCUCACUUCUGCCAGGAAGAAGUGGUGCUCCACGCGCAGGAGUGCAUGCUCAAGCUGAACAAGCAAGUCAUCACGUACCAGGACCUCCGCGACAUGGUCGAGAAUCUAGUCGGUCUCCACAGCCUAUGCAUCAAGAAGGACCCCGAGGUUGCGAAGGCCCUUGGCGUGACCGUGCGCAAACUAAUCAUCAUCACCGGGGAGGUGGCUUCUUCCCUGGAGAAGAUCGCCGAGGUGUCCGUCACCGACUGGAUGGCCAUCGGGGACGCCAUCAUCACCAAGAUUGAACGGAUGCAACUGACCAAGCAGCAGCCUUUCUCGUCGUUCAUACCAAAGAUCCGCGACUUCAACAGCAUUAAGAUGCUCGGUGCUGGAGGAUUUGGGGCAGUGUACCUGGCAAACUACCGCCCGGCCAACUUAGUGGCCACCGUGAAGCUGGUCAACGUGGACCGUUUCAGCCGGCACAAGCAAGCCGCCAUGGACAAAGUAGUCGCGUCAGUCAUCAGGAAUCCAUUCCUUGUCAAGUACUACAGCUGCUUCUGUGUCAAGAUUUUCGUGAUGCUGGCCUUUGUUUCACCUUCUGCGCCCAUCCAAACGUGCCCUACCAUGGGCGAACGCGUCGAUGCUGUCCAAGAUCAAGAGCCCGUCACCGGCACGUGUGGCCUCCAUAAUCUUCCAUCCUUCCUGGAUGUACCGCUAGAUGGACACCGCAUCGUUUCUGGGACGACGUCACUGGCUGAUUCACCGCUCUUUCCCAGCCCCUUCAAAAGCAGCUUGCUGAUGAACUACUCCUUCAGUGGGCAUGCGAGCAGCACUAGUUGCACUAUGCCUCAUGCGCAACUUUUCUUCGCUCCACAGGAGGCGUACGUGACCAUCAUGGAGUACAUUGCUGGCCUGGAUCUUAUGCGUGUGGUGACCAAGGAAGAGUUCCUGGACAUCGAGUCCUGUCAGAUAAUCAUGGCGCAGCUGAUACUGGCACUGGAACACAUGCAUCUCCGCGGCUUCUUGCAUCGGGACAUCAAGGUCUCCAACAUGCUUAUACUGCCUGGCGGCCGGGUGAAAGUCAUCGACUUCGACACGACGAAAGUUUGCAGCGGUCACUUUUCCAAACGUCUCCUGCGUGGUUACUUCCGGAGGACGCCGUUCGAGUUUCACGAUGGGGAAUCGGCUGGUACCAUACCUUACAUGGCACCGGAGAUACUGAAGAGGCGCCCGUAUGCCGCAGCUGGGGCCUCUACCUUGACGGAGGCCGCGAGCAUCAAGGAGUUGUCUCUCCCGUUCACGGCGGCUACCACGAAGAGGCCCCUACAGGGUACGCCGCCACGUCCACGUACAUUACGUCGCGCCGCAGACUGGUGGUCAGCGGGCAUAGUCUUGUACAAGCUCUCGACGGGCCGGGUGCCGUUUCGUGGCAAGACGAAGCAGGCUCUGCGCGAGCGCAUCGUCACGUCGCCGCUCAAGUUUCCCCGCACGGAGGACCACCCGCACUCGGCGACGGCACCGGCCAAGGACAUGAUGUACCGCAUGCUCAAGAAGAACCCAGUGGAGCGGCUGGGGUCACGCAAUUACAACGACCUCAAGACUCACCCGUUCUUCGAGCAGUUCGACUGGCAGAUGCUGUACAACCGGACCAACCUGUGCGAAAUAUCCAGCAUCGCCGAGAUCCUGAAGGCCGACGCGGAGAAGGGAAACGAACCCGACCCAGACGACCAACGACGCCACCUGACCAUUGACGAGAUGACCGACAUCGCCUUCGAGACACAGAAACCGCUGCUCUGCUACGCAUCUGGAAGCUUCAAGAAGCUCAUGAACGCGGUCAGGGAAAGCAAGACGGCCAUUAAUAUUUCCGCCACGUUCAUGGACACGAGUGACUUCUCGAGCACUCCCGUCGACUACCGCGCCGCCACGCCAGGCCAGAGCAGCGUCAAGACGGGACUCGCGAGCACUGCGAAUGAGAAGAAAGAGGGUCCAAGUUCCAGCAUUGGAAAAGUCGAACUUAUCCUUUUCCGGAAGAAGAAAUACUGGAAAUAUUGGAGCUUCGGUUUUUCAAUGCGCAGAGUGCAAGGCGAAGACGGCAACUUUUAUCUCUACGUCGAUGGCGUGAAAAAGGACAGCCCGGCAGACCGGUCUCAGGUGCUUCCCCUGGACGUGAUCCUGAGCGUGAACGGGACCCCCGUAGAGGACCUGGCGCAGGCACGCAACGCUCUGAGCGCGUGCGGCGACCAGCUCGUGCUGUCAGUGAUGUCGUCGAGCACUUACCGCGUACUCACCUCGCGCCGUGACAUGAUGAGCCUGAUACGCUGCCUGAGCAAGGAAAACGCGGUGCUCAAGAGCACGCCCUUCUCCUGCAUCACGGGCAUGCCGUACGGCUUGGGCGUCAUUGACGUCAGCGUGUGGGACGACAAGGCGAAGCGCUUCACCACAGUCUUCGUGCUUACCCACACCGACGUGACGCCGGUGGGCCAUGAUACGGUGUACCCGGGCGACGUGCUGGCGCAAAUCGACGGCGUCAACCUGGAGGGCCUCACGCGCGACCAGGUGAUGAAGAUGCUGAACACGACGAGAGGCGACGUCACAGUGUCCGUGGUGCCGAUGUCGCCCAUGCGUGUGCGCCGCAUCCUCGUGAGCAAGCUGCACGAGACGGUGAUGACCGACACCAACGUGGCCAGCCGCACCACCGGGGCUGAGAUCGAGUCGCCGUGAAUCGGCGCAGCAGCGGCUGUCGCCGUCGCCUAUAGGCUGCUACCGUCCGUGCAGACUCCAAGGUCGUUGUUAGGGCCACAAUGAGAUCCUUGCCAUAGACUCGUUCCAAAAAUAAGGCCUCGAGAGGAAGUCGCAGAUGCCACUGUAGCGAAGCGCCCAAGGACACCACCGCUUAGCGCUUGACCAAUAUUGCAGCUGCGCUCAAUAGCUGUGUACCGCUCGACGAUUAUCGGCGGUGAAACUAUUAUCGCGCAGUGCAGAACUAUGAUGGCCUGCGCGUAUGUUGGCGUAGUAUUAUACUUAGCGCAUACACGACUGUUUCGAUACUUGGUGUUACUUAGACUUGUCUCUUGUAAGAUCGUUGUUCGCGGACGACGUUCGGGAUUUAGUAUUCAUUAUAUUUACCAAUCUCACUGCCCUAAAUGCGCGGUGCUCCGAGGAUAUCAUAAGUGCGAGAUGAGUAAAAAAAGGUAUUCUUGAACUGCAUAUUGGAUGGCUCCUUUAUUACGAGCAAAUGCAAAUAAAGUAAUGGCGAAUGCUUGCCCUUUAAUAAAGAAAAUAACA